AUGAACAAAUACGAUGUAAUCGGAAUCGUCGGAGAAGGUGCAUAUGGAGUAGUUUUAAAAUGUAAAAACAAAGAAAAUGGAGAAAUCGUUGCUAUUAAAAAAUUUAAGGAAUCUGAUGAAGACGAAAUAAUUUAAAAAACAAUUUUAAGAGAAGUUAAAAUAUUAAGAAUGUUAAAACAUGAAAACAUAGUUUAAUUAAAAGAAGCUUUUAAACGAAAAGGAAAAUAUUAUUUGGUAUUCGAAUAUUUAGAAAAAAACCUUCUUUAAGUUAUUGAAGAAAAACCAAAUGGUUUAGAACCUGAAUUAAUAUAAAAAAUAAUUUAUUAAUUAUGUAAAUCAAUUUAAUAUUGUAAUUCUUUAGAAAUAAUACAUAGAGACAUAAAACCCGAAAAUUUAUUAAUAAAUCCAGACGGAACAUUAAAAUUAUGUGAUUUUGGAUUUGCAAGAGUAAUUUCUUCAAAAAAUGUAAAUUUAACAGAUUAUGUAGCCACUAGAUGGUAUAGAGCUCCUGAACUUUUAUUGGGUUUAAAUAAUUAUGGAAAACCAGUAGAUAUGUGGGCUGUAGGAUGUAUUAUGUGCGAAUUAACUGAUGGUUAACCUUUAUUUCCCGGAGAAAGCGAAAUCGAUUAAUUACUUAUUAUUUAGAAAAUUUAAGGUGCUUUAACAAGUGAAUAAUAAGAAUCUUUUUAAAAAAAUCCAAGAUUUUUAGGAAUAAAACUUCCAGAUAUUGAAAAAUCAGAAAUUUUAGAAAAUAGGUAUUUAGGCAAAAUGUCGAAAAAAGCUUUUAGUUUUGUAAAAGAAUUAUUAAAAAUAGACCCUGAUAAAAGAAUUACUGCAAGUUAGGCUAUUUAACAUUAUUAUUUUGAGAAUUUAAAAGAAAAAGAAUUUAAUAAUAUUCCUAAAUAUAAUAAUAACAAUAAUAUAUAAGUUGAAAGAAUAGAUUCAGCAUCAAAAAUAGUUAAAUAAUAUAAAAUAUAUAUUUUAAAAUAUAUAGGGAUUUUAUAUAAAAUCAAAAGAAAUAAGUUAAAUUAAUAAAUAAAAUACGAUAAUAAUAAAAUAAUAGAAUACAAAUAAUGA